AUUUUUACAUUUUAAGACAAACAAAAUCCCUGAACAGGCGACCGGACCGUGAGACCAAAAAGAAAAGAAACACAAAUCCAUCCAAUUAAACUCGGUGAGAAUAAUAAGAUAUCAUGAGCAGCAGAAACAAUGAGAAUAACAGCAGUAAAUUAAACUCGGUGUUUUACGCAAAAUCAUAUCACCCAAUUCAAGCCGGCAGUAUUGACGGCACCGACAUUCUUCCUCAUGAUAACGCCGUUUACCGUGCUCUCUUAUGUUCUUCCGCUGGCCUCUAUGACCCGUUUGGUGACCCGAAUGUAAUCGGUGAAGAUCCAUAUUGUACUCUUUUUGUUGGCCGCUUGUCUCGGCUCACUACUGAAGAUACUCUUCACAAGGCUAUGAGCAAAUAUGGAACAGUGAAGAACUUGCGACUGGUCCGGCAUAUAGUUACUGGUGCUUCUCAAGGUUAUGCAUUUGUGGAGUAUGAAAGUGAAAGAGAGAUGCAACGGGCAUAUGAGAAAGCGCACCAUUCAUUUAUUGAUGAUUCUGAAAUUAUAGUUGAUUACAACCGCCAACAACUAAUGCCAGGGUGGAUUCCAAGAAGAUUAGGAGGGGGUCUUGGAGGUAAAAAAGAAUCUGGCCAGCUUCGGUUUGGAGGACGUGAAAGACCAUUUCGUGCUCCAUUGCGUCCAAUUCCAUUGGAUGAUUUGAAACGGCUUGGAAUCCCGCCUCCUCCUGAAGGAAAUUACAUGUCACGAUUUGAGAUUCCAUCGCCGCCCCAAAGGAAAAAACACACAGACAGGGAGGAUAGAAGCCCCCGACAUGGGAGAAGAUCAAGCAGCAGGGACCGACUACAUGGGGAAAGGGAGUCCGUGGAUACCAAAGAUGGAUCCAGGAAGAGCCACAAGCACAGUAGAAAUUAUCAUGAUGAACGCGAAAGGUCCUACAGCCAUGACCAUCAAUAUGAUGAGAGGGAAGACAACUCCAAAAAGAGUAGAGAUUCUCAUAGACAUAAGAGAACAUCUAGGAGUCGUGAUCACCGAUCUGAUGCAAGACGAUCUAGUGACAGGGAACAACGAUCUGAAGCAAGACGAUCCAGUGACAGGGAACGGUCUCACAAACGCCACAGAUAUGAGUAAGUUGUAUCCAAGAUGAAAGUACGGAUAUAUGUAUAUCGACUCAUCUUAGUAAAACAUGGUUGAGCAUAGGAUGCCAAUGUGUUGCUGUUAAAUCGUUUUGAAAAAAAUUUAAUCGCAACGUGUUCCAGCAUUCGGCCCAAACAAGUUAAGUAGUUGACGAGGUCAAUAGGAUACAACCUAACCAUGUAUGUAACAAUUACGAAAUGCAAUUUUAUACUUAUUUUAAAUGUACAAGAGAGAAUCAUAUACAUCA